AGCAUAUUCCACACAACAUAGAUCACAGUAACCAUCAAGUACCAAACGGUAUUGGCAAACUCUGUUGUGAUAAUAUAUAUGGCUCUUACACUUCAGUGUGCCCUCUCUCACAUACUCAGUUUCCUAGUGUUCCUGUCAAUAUUCCUAGUGAACCCUUCCUUCUGCUUCAACCCUAAAAAGCUUGUGAAUGCUUCAUUCUCAUACACCCCAUCUGGUUCAGAUUGGUCACCGGCACUUGCCACUUGGUAUGGACCUGCUAACGGUGAUGGAAGUGAAGGUGAGGUGCACUGGGAAUUCAGCAUGCUCGGGAGAGCCUGUGAAGAUAGUGAUGACAGAUGAGUGCGAUGGAUGUGGUUCAGAUGCCGAAUACCAUUUUGAUUUGAGUGGCACUGCUUUUGGUGCCAUGGCUCUCUCAGGUCAAGAUGGCACCUUGCGCAAUGCUGGCAAAAUCAACAUUCAGCAUCGAAGAGUUGAAUGCAACUACCCUGGUGUGUCAAUUGCAUUCCACGUGGAUGCUGGAUCGAACCAAGAAUACUUCGCUGCCGUGAUUGAAUACGAGGAUGGAGAUGGUGACCUUUCAAAAGUUGAACUCAAAGAAGCACUUGACUCAGCCUCAUGGUACACCAUGGAUCAAUCAUGGGGUGCUGUUUGGAAACUUGACAAAGGGUCACCACUCAGAGCACCUUUCUCUCUUCGGCUAACCACACUCGAGUCCGGUAACUCUAUUGUGGCCAACAAUGUCAUACCUGCUGGCUGGGUUCCCGGUCACACCUACAGAUCCAUUGUUAAUUUUCAAACCUAGCUAGCUAGCUAGCUAAACCCAAUAAUAAUGCUACACAAAUAUAAAUACAGAGAUAAGGUAAUAAAGACAGAAAAGAAAAAAUAGAGUCAGAGAUAUAUAAAGUAUUUUUGUUCUAAAAACGAGAACAAAAAUUAUCCGUCUCUAUUGAUUUUUCUGUCUUUAUUUCUCCGUGUCUAAAACUUUGAUUUCUGGGGAGCAAAUUUCAAACACAACCUAAAUCUAUACAUGUCAUAUAUCUUUGUAUGGAUUUACACUAUUCAAGAUAAUAUAGCUUUGAUAAAUAUCUAUACUCCGGACCUAUAUAUUUUGAAGGAUUUGUGUAACAUUAUUAUGUGAUAUCCUCUACAGAAAAAGAUAAAUCAUAUAAGUCGUCCUAUUAGUGGACUUUGGAUUGUCUUCUUUAAUCAAUUAUGAAUGAAAUAAUUAACGUUAGUUAACCUGUUAA